AGGCGCAGUUCGAGCCACUUCCUUCUUCCUGCAUAGGCCUUCUGUUAAGGAGGCCCCCCUGCAUGAAUGUGGCGCCCCCGUGUAUUCGCGCUGAUCUGCGGUCGGUUUGUGAGCGUCUCUCCGCUCUCUGUGUGUUUCUUCAGCUGCUCUCAGACCGCCAACGUUGCUCCGCCCCUUAGGAAGAGUUUCGCGGCAAAAUCAAUCGCGUGUACACACACUCAGAGCAGCAACGACAACAGAAAAAGGAGGUAAGACAACAUAUUUACACCUGUUAGGACCACUUUUGCUUCACUGUGCUGCUGCUGAUGGUUUUAUUAGCUUUUCGUUAUGUUUAAUUCAGUGUUGGAGUCAGCUGCUGUCAUUGGAGAAUUAAGACAGACUAUUUGAGAGGCAGUGUGUUAGCUUUCUGUGUAUUCAUUGAGCUUUGUAUUUAUGGUGAUUUUACAGUAAUUUACUUUGAUCCUGUCCCUGCAACUGCAAAAUGCAAUCCUGUUUUCUAUCUGCCUGUGAAGUGAUGUAUAUUUAAGUACUAAACCCUUCCUCAUGUAUAUAGUAUAUUACACAAAAUACUCAAACAAAAAUGGUUAAAGUGUCUGAUUUUGUACAUUUUUUGAUCCUUCACUGGUUGAAAUGUCUUUUUUGGUUAUCAGAAUUGUGAAAAAUGUUAGUGUAAUGUACAAUUUUCUUCAAAUUUUGUAUUUUUUUAGAUCUGUAGUAGGGCCAGACCGAUAUGGAUUUUUUGGGGCCUAUGCCGAUACCGAUUAUUAGGGGGGGGGAAUCGGAUUACCGAUUAAUCGGCCGAUUUUUAAAAUCUUUUUUUUUCAUGGUAUAAAAAAAAAUAUAUAUACUGUAGAUAUGCCUUAGGUUACUGCUCUUCAUGCUGACAGGAAGACCGACUGAUCAAACUCAGACCAGAAAAACGUUUUCAACAAACCUCCGGUGAUUGAGCUCACUACGUAGUCAGCUAUAUAGUGAAACCCCAUAUGGGGAUUAGGAAUUGAGUGAUUCAUUUCGCACACAACCAGAGUCUUCCUCCUCCCUCAGGGAAGCCACCCCAAGAACAGCACCCUCUGGUGACAGACUGCAGUAUAGGUAGUAAAUCCCUCCUCAGCCAGCCAUCCUAAUGGGGCUGUGGAGAAACUUUAGAAAUUUAUCUCUAGCAUCAUCACAACGACUCGGCUACUCUCCCGCUGAAUACGCACAAUGCUACUGCGCAAGUAGUGGAGUAUGUAUAACGCUACUGCGCAAUGUUGGUUUCAGGAAGUGGAGAAAAAACGAGGAAUUACCGAGAGCUUUUCGGCUUCAAAUCUGUAUACUGGUGGAAGGCAAAACCAAGUUGUCCAUAGUAUAUACAGUCUAUAUUCCACACAAAAUACCAAUUUGAGUGUAUCAUAUUAAAAAAAAAACAUUAUUAAUGGGAUUUUUAAGCAAGAUCUUCUCUUUUCUGCUCAUGCUCAGUAGAGUCAUGCCGUCUAACGUGGAGAUCAAAGCCAAAGUGAGCAACCCGACACAGUUUGCAGAGAAGGCGGCUGAGCUCAGCCAAUCAGAGGGCACGAUCAUCAGACAACAUGACACCUUCUUCAACUGCAGCCAGGGACGACUGAAGCUACGGGACUUCAUGGUACAAAGAUGAUAAAGAACUGUGUGUGUGUGUGAGAGAAAGAGGGAGAGAGAGAGAGAGAGAGAGCUGAGGAAAAGUCUCCACCUAGUGGCCGUUAAGAGUAACAGCAAAAGGACCAAAUGUGCAGAAUUAGUUCUGAAAAUAGUCUAUUUUAAGUGGAUGUCUGGGUUGAAAUCGAGUUCAGAUAUAAAUAAACAAUUUUGAGGGAAAGAUAAGAUUUUUGCCUCACUGUUAAAUCAUUUUAUUUGUUUAUUUGUUAGAAUAAAUCAGGUCAGCUGAUCUUCUACGAGCGCCCCGACACCGAUGGACCCAAACUGUCCCGUUACUCCAUCAGUCCGACCAGCGACCCGACCGGUCUGAGGGUAAAACACCAGCUUGUGUGUGUAUGAGUGUGUUUGUGAUUAUCCUCCACAUCAUAUUCAGGGCUAAUAAGUGUGUGUCUGUGUGUGUUUCUUUGUGCAGACCGUGCUGUCAGACGCACUCGGGGUCAAAGGGGAGGUGAAAAAGGAGCGGAAACUGUUUCUCGUCGGUCAGACCAGAGUUCACCUGGACGCGGUGGAGGGACUGGGGAGCUACAUGGAGCUGGAGGUAAGACACACACACACACACACACACACACACACACACACACACACACACACACACACCUCACACUCUUGAGUAUAUUGUGUUGGAUUUUAGGCUGAUAAAUGUUGAUCAUGUGAAAUAAUCGCAGAGGAGAAAAGAGAGGUGACGUCUGGGGAGAAGGAGUAUUACAUGGCCUCUGAGGAAGAGGAUGGAGAAUGAGUUUGAAGAAUUUUUUCACAGUUGUUAGUACUUUAAACACAAAAAUAACAGACUCUUUCGAAGUAUCAAAAUAUUUGUUAUUUACACAUUCAAAGUAAAGAGUCAGAACUGAAGAAACAAAAAUCUGCUUCCACAAAUGAAGAUGAAGUUUGAGUGCAUCACGGUCUUUGACAGCAGAGUGUUUAAGGUAUUUUAAAGUUUCCCUGUGGAGCUCAGAGCACAGGCAGAAAGACAGAGAGAGAGGGAGAGAGAAGAGCAGGUUACUGAGCUGGAAAUCUCCUCAGUGAGAAAAUGGAGUCGUCCUGAAAGACAAACAGGUGCGAGUGAACACGUGAUGAACGAAAUGGAUGUGGAGAGUCGAUAAUUAAACUCACAGAGUAAAAAUAACAUGUAUUUGUUCGUGCAGGUGGUGAUGCGUCCAGAGCAGACGGUGGAAGAAGGACAGCAGGUUUGUAUUUUGUUUUUUUUCAAAUUUGAUUCAACAUUUAUCGCCUUUUCAGCUGCGUGACUCUGUGUUCUAUAAAACUAAAUCUGAUUAUUUUUGUGAUAUUUUAGAUCGCUGAGGAUCUGAUGGAGAAGCUCGGCGUCUCAAAGGAGAGUCUGGUAACUGGAGCGUACAUGGACCUUAUAAUUAAUGGGCAGAAAGAGACUUAAAACAAACGCACAUCUGGAGACGGAAAAAAGGAGUCAGACAAAAAUACUAAAACAUCAGUAGAGUAAACAAUCUCUCCAAACUUUACUAAUGUGUCGUUCUGCACUAUUGUCAGUUUAUCUGAAUAGUUCACUCUGUAUUUAGUUUCUAUGAAAUUUCUUUAACUUUCUCUCUAUGUUUGAAUUUGAUUAACUGAAACAAAAUGAAAACUUUAAAUUGUUACUGUCUUUUCUAAAUAAAUGAACUCGGUGUGUUCAAACAAAA